CAUUCAUUUCUCCUCCUUAUUUAUAUUUACAUUUUUCAUUUUGAUUUUCUUUAGCCACAAAAUUGAACCCAAAAAAAGGAGAAAAGAAAAUGGAUACUCUAACCUCUCUUCUUCACCCACCUUCUUUUUCUUCUUCAUUUAUCAAUCACUCUUCUUCUUCUUCUUCUUCUUCAUUUACUAUUAAAGCCUUCCCCAAACGCCGUCUUUUUUACAUCAACAAUAACACCGGAAAAAGUCUUCCUGUUGUUAAGUCAGCUCUUGACGAGGUUCCUGUCCUGGACCCCCCCCCUCCUCCUCCUCCUCCUCCUUUUGGAAAUGAAAGGGAAAAUAAUAAGCUCGUUGCUUCUUUGAAGCUCAAGUUGCUGAGUAUUGUUUCUGGUCUGAACAGAGGUCUAGCUGCUAGUGAAGAUGAUCUACAGAAGGCAGAUGCUGCUGCCAAGGAGCUUGAAGCUGUAGGAGGACUAGUAGAUCUCUCAAAUGAUAUUGAUAAAUUGCAAGGAAGAUGGAAGCUGAUAUACAGCAGUGCAUUCUCCUCUCGCACCCUGGGUGGAAGUCGUCCUGGUCCUCCCACUGGAAGGCUGCUUCCUAUAACUCUAGGCCAGGUCUUUCAACGCAUUGAUGUCUUAAACAAAGAUUUCGACAAUAUCGUAGAGCUUCAAUUAGGUGCUCCAUGGCCAUUACCACCUGUUGAAGUUACUGCCACAUUAGCCCACAAAUUUGAACUCAUAGGAUCUGCCAAGGUUAAAAUAACAUUCGAGAAAACAACUGUAAAGACAACCGGAAACUUAUCACAACUUCCUCCUUUAGAAAUACCUCGAAUCCCAGACGCAUUAAGGCCUCCAUCCAAUACUGGCAGUGGUGAUUUCGAAGUAACCUAUGUUGAUGCUGAUACUCGUAUCACCAGAGGAGACAGAGGGGAGCUGAGGGUUUUUGUUAUUGCAUAGUUUCUUUUCCUGUGCAGUUUCUUCAACACCCCUCAUGAAACUUUGAGGAAGUCUGUAUAUCAAAAGCAUCUUGCCCAUCCUUUUGGGUUCUGCUGUACAAUUGUAAAUUUUCUACACAUAAACAGAGAACUCUUAUCUGUUUCUGAUGCCAUUUAAAUUAUGAAUGGAACAAAGCCAUUAUCUGGUUCAAGAA